CGUGCAAUGAACUUUAUGAAGAAAUUGAAUUUUUACCUGGUUGUUGCACCAAAAAGGAGUUUUAUACUUUAGCCAAUUCACAUGAUUAUUGCCAUAAAUUUGGGACGAGGAAAUGGCUCAACUCAUCAACUCCUGAAUUAACUCAAUCUGAAUCGAGUUUGUGUAUAGAAGUCAUUGGUAAUGUUGAUCUUAAUGAGAACUUUGAAUAUACCUCUUCUCAUUGAUGGGCAUGGUGGUUCCUCAAGUAGCAGCUAUUUACCUGAGAAGUUUGGCUCAUCUGUCACAAUGGAGGGAGGUUCCUUAUCUGCUAAUAAUAGUAGUGACAUUUCCUGGUCUUAUGGCGCGGGCACAAUGGCAGUUCAUGAUAACAAUCACGGUGGAUAUGCUCAACAGACAUAUGUGAAUGGCUGGAUGUAUGUGAAUGAAACUGGGCAACUCUGUGGCCCUUAUACUCAACAACAACUGGAUGAGGGGUUGUCUACCGGGUUCCUGCCUGAGCAGCUUCUGGUUUAUCCAGUCAUAAAUGGGACCCUGACCAAUCCUGUGUACUUGAAGUAUAUAAAACACUUAUCAAAUUCAUGCUGGUCAGUCAAUUCUCAAACCAUGACUCCAAGUGCUUCAAUGGGUUCUACAGUCUAUUGCUCUGCAACUCAUGGACAAGGUACAUCCUCUACUUUGCCUUCUUUGUAUCCAAAACAUGAUGACCAUGCGCAGCAUUCUGUUGCCCAACCAACUGCCACAUUUGGUUCUCAUUCUUGUGGAUCACAAAAUCCAAAUACUGGAAUUGCGAAAAAUGCAACUUCAAGGCUUUCAGCGUUGAUCUCAAGUGAGGAGUCAAAUUGGAUGUUUGAGGAUGAGGAUGGUAGAAAACAUGGGCCUCAUUCUUUUGCAGAGCUUUAUUAUUGGCAUAGUAGUAGCUAUCUUCAUGAUUCAUCGAUGAUACACCACAUAGAUAGCAAGUGUGGCCCAUUUACACUUCUUACUCUAGUUGAGGAGUGGUGCAGAAUUCAAAAUAUUUCUGAGGCAGAUUCUAAUGGUGGUGGUUUUGUUUCAUUCAGUAGAUUUAUAACUGAUAUAUCAGAAGAUCUAUCAGUUCAGCUGCAUUCUUUGAUUUUGAAAGCUGCUCGGCGAGUUUUCCUAGAUGAGAUAAUCAGCACCAUCAUUCCAGAGUUCUAUGCAUCCAGGAAGUCUCGGAGACAUCACAGAAUAGAAUCAGCAGGCAAGGAUGUGAGACAUUCUAGUUUUUCUGUGAAAGAGCUGAAAAAUAUGACUGAAAAGAAGCCUUAUGCUGUUAGCGGCAGACCUAGUGUUUCCUUGCAAGUGAAGAAUGAACCAAAAAUGCCUUCUAAUACUCCAGUAGAUUGUUCUACUGAUGAUUUUUCUUUAUGCACCAUUAAUAAUUUUUCUGAGUUGCUAUUAGAGGUUUACAAAGCAUUUUACUAUGAUAGCAUGAAAGUUCUGUGGAGCACCGUCUUGUCUGAAACUGUUUCUGACUACUGUGCAAAGUGGCAUAAAAGAAAAAGCUCGUCUCAUCGAAAUGUUUUGUCUGUCAGAUCUAUUUCUAUUGAGGGUGAUGGCAGAAACAUAGAUCUUGUUCACAAAAGUACUACAGAAGCUGCUGAAAUUGUUCAUUCUGCGCCGCAUGCGACCAACAACCAUGAAAUGGAUUUCCCCCCAGGUUUUGGGCCUGAAGUUAGAGAUGUAGAUAUUUUGACAUGCUUUCCGUCUGAUAGAUCACUUUCCGAAGCUGUCGGUACAAAACAAAUUGAUCUUCAACUUACUGAUAUGCUUGCUAUCAGUUUGAAAGAAGUGCAAGGAGACCUAGAGUGUAACCUCUAUUUAUCUGCAAAGAAGUCCUUGUUUGAGUAUUAUGAAGAUGUGUUAAAGGAGGAAUUGACAAACAUGCUUUGUCUGGAAGCAGAAGAUAAUAUUAAUAAGGCAAGAAUUGUUGAGGAUUUCAUGGUUAGCUCUGUGUAUCAAUCCCCAACUGGUGAAGAGGUAGAGGGUGUAGAGGCUGAGGCUGAACAUGUGGAUAAAAUAGAGGUAACAGAUGAUCGGAGCGCAUCUCAUUGCCUAUUUGAUGUUUGUGAUUCGGUUGCUGUUGCAGCUGAUUUGGCAGAAUCUCCUGGACCACUGAGUUCUUUGUCUACACAAAUCGCAAAAGCUUUUGAAAGAAUGGGUCCUCCCAUGGUGAAUUUAUUGAAGGAUGAGAUUGUUGAUGAGUUAUUUCCUCCUGGAGUGGAAGCUGGUGCUAAUGCUGCAUUAUUGACUUUGUCUAAGAAGAAUAAAAUCCGACCUGCAGGUCUUAAUGAGGAUGUCCCUGUAAUUGGCAAAUAUGUUGCAUUGGCCAUUUGCAGGCAGAAGCUUCAUGAUGAAUUUCUUAAAGAGUGGGGAUCUUCUCACCUUCUUAGUUUUCUUCAUGAAAGUUUUAAUUCAUGCGAUUAUUUUAGAAGACAUGAAGUGGAUCCUGUGGCUGCUAACCCUGAAGGAGAAAACUUUAAUAAUUUGCUGGAGAAUGUCUCCAAUUCAGCAGAGGUGGUGGACAAGCUGAAAGAAAGUUUGCAGCAGAUGAAAAGUUCAAGGCCAUUUGGGGUUUCCUUUAACGGGAGCUUGACCUACUUUAGAAAGAAAAAACACAGCAAACCAAAGUCUGGACCAUUGCUUGAGAGCUUUGAAUUGAUUAAAAAAGUGGGCAACAUCUCCAUAGAUCAGAUGCAACACGUAGGAUCUGAAUCACCUUGGCCACAAAUUAAUGAUAUGGAUUCUGAGUUGAGGGAGCUAGAUGUAGACCUGGUUUAUUCUUCGUCAUUACCAACCAGGAACCAAAAUAAAUUGCCUGAUGGUUGCAGUUCAACAAAGAAAAAGUCACGUAAAUCGAGGAAGAUUGCCCACGAAAUACACAUUGAUGAGGGAGUUUAUAUUGACGAUAUAAAACACGAUGUGGAACAACUUUCUGUUUCUCAACAUGAUUCAGAUAAAGUCAAGAAGAUUGGGAAUGCUAGUCAUAUGCUUAUUGAUUGUCCGGAGCCUGAAGGCCUGUCUUCUGGCAUUUCCAAGUCAAAAAGUUAUCCGAGUUUGAAAAGGAAAGCAGAUGAUCAGUUAGCUCCCCCUCCUAAGGUAGCAAAACUUUCAAGGAAGAUUAAGGUUAAAAAAGCAUCCCAGAAGGUGGCAUCCAGGCGGAUUGUUAAACCUUCAAAGCUACUUGUUCCGUGCCCCAAGACAAACGGUUGUGCUCGAUCUUCUAUUAGUGGAUGGGAUUGGCGUCAAUGGUCACGGAAUGCUCUUCCAUCAGAAAGGGCCCGCUUGAGAGGAAACCGUGAUGUUGUUCCUCAUAGUUCUUGCUCUGAUGCUAAUGGUAAUCAAAAUUCUAAUAAUAAAGGUCCUUCAGCAAGAACAAAUAGGGUUAAGUUGCGGAACCUCUUGGCUGCUGCUGAAGGUGCUGAGCUUCUAAAAGUCACUCAAUUGAAGGCAAGGAAGAAACAUUUAUGCUUUCAAAGAAGCAAGAUACAUGAUUGGGGCCUUGUUGCCCUUGAGCCAAUCGAGGCAGAAGAUUUUGUGAUUGAGUAUGUUGGAGAAUUAAUUCGCCGUCAGAUAUCUGACAUACGGGAGCUUAAAUAUGAAAAGAUGGGUAUAGGCAGCAGUUACCUGUUCAGACUAGAUGAUGGUUUUGUGGUUGAUGCUACCAGGCGGGGAGGAUUGGCAAGAUUUAUUAAUCAUUCUUGUGAGCCAAAUUGCUAUACAAAGGUGAUAACCGUUGAUGGCCAAAAGAAGAUCUUUAUUUAUGCAAAGCGGCAUAUAUCUACGGGUGAAGAGCUUACAUACAACUACAAAUUUCCAUUGGAAGAGAAAAAGAUACCCUGCAAUUGUGGUUCCAAAAGGUGCCGAGGAUCAAUGAACUAGAAAUUGCAUCUUCUUGUGGUCAAGGCCAUUGCAACAGUUGAGAACUCAUAAGGUGGUCAUAAUUAUUCGUUCAUGGUAUGAGCUAGGAGAACUCAUAUGCUGGUCAUAAUUAUUUCUUCAAGGUAAUCUAUUCCGUGUGUAAACUAUCAAUUAAAUCCCGAAGCAUUUUUUGGAUUGAAGGAAAUAGGAAGUUGAGGGAAAUGAAAUAAAGUCUCAAUAAUUUGUGGGUUGACUAUAAAUCUGCAGCCAUUGGAUAUACCAUGGAGUUGAUCUGUUCUGGAGUUGCAGGAUGCAGUGAACAUGCCUGACAAGUAUUGAAAAGUGCACUGUUCAAUGAAACUGGCAUCCUUCGGAAUUUAUUUUGAAGGUCAUCAUAACACGCUACUGCAGAUCUUUGGAUCAUUGCUUUCACAUUCUAUUUACUCCAGAAGGUAACGAUCAUAAUGAAAAGGCGGAUGGUUUUCUCUCAUACUUCCGCUCUCAUCGUUGAUCUACCGUUGAUGAUGCGUCGUUUAGCUGAUGACAGUUCUUUUCCAAGGUUUUAUUCAAGUGAAUUCAUGAUCUCCAAUUCCUCUGAAUGUGCUAGGCUCUGGCAUUGCCUUGCUGAUUGACAAAUCUUUGUCAGUGCAAAAGACUCAUCACACGUCCAAUGUUUCACGAGGGUCUUAAUUUUUUAUAUUUACGGGUCAGGCCUAAAAAUUGUGGAAAAUCUCCGCAGCUUAAGGUAAAAUAUUUCGGUUGUGUAUAUUCAAAUAAAAACUUUGAUGCUUUGAAUCCUUCCCAAUUACCGUGAUAAUUUUAUCUCAUAAGCGCCUGAUCCCAACACUUCAUUUUACCUUAUGUUACUAGGAUUAACCUAUUAUAGUUUUCUAUUUGUCGGUUGGUCAAAUCUAACCAGACAAUGUGAAGAACAGUGUUGGCUCCUUUAUAUCAUGGGGGAUCUACUUACAUAACAACUACAAUUUUCUCAUUUAUAUAUUUAAUAUAUUAAUUUCAAUAUUUAUAUAAUCUAUUAUCUUUUUAACUUCAUUAGCUUGCCCUAGUGAGUUUUGAGACGACUUCCUGUGCUGGCACCAUUGACGUCUUGUUCUAGCGAGCUGUAUCAUGAAUUCCUUUCUCGAUUUUGCUGAUGGGUUGCGCUAAUAAGCUUCAUCAUAAAUCCCCUCUUUUAUGAUUUGUUAUAAUUUUUGGAGGCCAUGACUGUAAAUAACUUAUAAAUGGGAAACCUUUCUUGUUUAUUUCUCCAAUAUAUUCAAACGACCAACCUACUUUUGAAACUAAUGGCUAACAUUCAGUAAAGUCCUAUAGGACAUCCUUUGAGAAAUUUGGGUCUCAGAUAAAUAUCAAAACUUUUGUAUUUGUUUUGUGAUGAGUGUAAUAUGUAAAAUAUUAAUUAAAAUUAUGUUGUAUUUAUCUUGAAAUAAAUCUAAGAAAUUUAAGGCAUAUUUUGAUGAAAGUUUUGAUUAAGAUAUUUCGAGCCAAUAUUUUGUCCAUUUUCACUGAUGUGGAUUAUUAGAGUAUAACAUUCUGUCCUGAUGCCUUUCACCAAGUUAUUCAUCCAUUGGACUUUUCUUCUGGGUCAAAAGUUGCAUGGCUUAAAAGUCGAGUGAGUUUGUUUUAAUGCUAGCGUCUAAAAGUGUGAUUGGAAUGAAUGUUACCUCCUACUUCAAAAUGAUAAUGAUGAAAAUUUAUAUUUGAAUCUUUAUUUUUUUAUAUAAUAAAAUGACACUAAAAUAUUAUUAUGCCAAUAAGAAUGUAUAAUUUUUCUUACUCAUAAUAAUAAUGCAAACUUAACGGAAGAUGAGUGUACUUUACCAAGAAUUUCUUUUAAAAAUUUAAUAGACAUUAAUCAAAGUUUCGCUAUGCGAAUUUGGUUUAAUGCUUUCUUUCAAACAUUUCAUGAAAUAAAUCGCGGGGCUUAAGCUUCAAUAGCUGACAUGUGCUACAGCUUUACGUAUUGCAAUUAUUUCAUGUUAAUUUUAUUUCUGUUUAUUAUUUAUGUACAUAAAGGGAUUAAAAAUUUCCGUUUCUUCUGGAAUUAGAUUCCCCUAUUAUGUAGUAACUGCUAAGAAUCAAUUUAGUUGUGCAUAAGGAUCCCUUCCAAUUACCAUGGUAUUUUCACUUAGAAUUAUCCAUCCCAACUAUUGAGUUCUAUUUGGAAUUUUGGGAUUGAAUUUAAUUCAAAUUUAUUAUCGUUUUUGCCCUUGUUGAACUCAAUUUGUAUGAACGAAAAAAAAGAAAAAAAAACGGAUAGGUGGGGUCUGAGUAAAUUGUAUGAGUAUUCGAAUUCAGCGUGCUACAUUUCUUUAAGACUAAGCUGCACUAACAUCAUCAUAAGAGACUACCGUACCAUAUGCUUUACAAAGCCUUACGGAAUAGUAAAUUUUUUCUUUCCUAGUUUGAUUUUAGGGUCAUAUUAAUUUUUACAUUACAUAACCAUAUCUAGGCUUUUGUUUCCACUCAAAACCCUUUUUAACAAUUACACACGGUUUUGUGGAUAAAUUGAAGAAUCUAUAAAAGAAUUUGUUCUCUUGGCUAAUACUAAUGCACGCAAACGGAUAUGGUUGCAAGGCCUUUAUAAUUUAAUAUAUUCUACACGUGCAUGAUAUAUUUGUAUGUUUAAUGUAUGCUUCUCUAAUUUAAAUUUUUUUUUUUGGUCUAUUAUUAGACAAAUGUUUGGUAUUAUUUUUCAUUAAUUAUU